AUGGUCAUUUGUCGCAGGACGGGAGGGGGUGCUGCACGCUGGCUGCCGAGGGUGGGCAAGCAGCAGCAGCAGCCGCAGCAGCAGAAUGAGCAGCAGCAGCAGCAGCAGCAGCAGCAGAGUGAACAGCAGCUACAGCAGCAGAGGAAGCAGCAAGUUCUUGCAGCAAGGCCAACACAAGCAGCAGCAACGAACGGAGCAGCAAGAACACAAGCAGCAGCAGAAAACACAGCAGCAGCAAAAAUAGCAGCAGCAACCAUAGCAGCAGCAAAACCAGCAGCAGCAGCAAAACCAGCAGCAGCAGCAGCAGCAACGGACCUGUCUCGUUUGAACAGCGGCUGCUGGUAUUUGCUGCUGCAUGCAGAAAGCUGCGAAGCUGUUGCAUUUAAUACCUGCAGCAGCUCUGCGCGGGCUGGCAGGUCAUCCGAGCUGUUGCCUGCAGCAGCAGCAGCAGCAGCAGCAGCAGCAGCAGCAGCAAUGUUGUGUACAGAAGGGACCGAAGUAAAUGUUGCGAGCUUUCGAAGCAGCAGAAGCUGCUGCUGCCCGUGA